CUGCGGCCCAGUAGCCGCGCAGGCUGAAGGCACUGCCGCCAGUGUUAUGACGUCGUCGCUGCCAGUGUCACAGCUUGAUUGCGCGCUAUACAUAUCGCGAUGUCGCGCUCAGCACCCCUCUGCACUCUACCACCAUGUCUGAAUUCCUCUCUUCCCUCAAAGGCAAGGCCCAAAGCGCAUUUAGCAGUGCUCAGGCCGGGCUGACAGGCCCCGCCGAUGCGGCAAGUGGCCAGGGUGGCGGAAUCCUCAAGUCGCAUGCAUUCGAAUCCAUCCACCACCAGUUGCGCAGUUUCCAGCAGCAGUACUCGAGCUCCGUGACGCCUAUUCAGAGAAUCAUCACGACACAGAAAGGGAUCGCUCUCGAUUACGAUGGCAUCGCAGGGGAUACGCAAGCCCACAGCAAAGAGCUGUACAUGUGGGGUCAAUCUGAGGAGCCUGACAUCAAAGAUGUCACCGAUCGGCUGGGAUGGAUCAACUUCAUCGAGGGUGCGCUAGCACGUACACUCGCAGGAAAGAUCAACGCAUCUCGUGCAACGUUCAAGGUCCUGCGUGAUUCGGAGAACACGCUCAAUGGUCGCCGGACCAUCCGCGCCGGGUUGCAGAACCAAAUCGCGAGGCUCGAGCACGACCAGUCUCGUGGUUACGAGCAGAAGAUCGCGGAACUCAAGCAGCAACUCGCGGUGGCUGAGGCUGAGGACCAGCCACUCGAGCUAGAGUAUGAACUGUUGAAGAGGAAGGCAAUUAGGGACAGCGAGCGGGCGAAGUGGGAAGCUACACGCGAGUACGCAGAAAAGUUGAUGCUGCUGUCACAGGCAGCGACUGCAGUUCUGCAGGCAUUGCCUUCAGUACCUCCAGCGGACAAACAAUAUCACGGUGCCGAAGCGACAACCUCCGUGAGGGCUACCCUGCAAUAUGCUCUUGACAACUACAAGCCAGGCGAUAUAACACUGCCUCUCUCUACAUCCCCCGCCGAUCUUAGCAGGUCGGAUACCCGUAGCUUUGGUCAAACCCAUGCGCACGAGCUUGCCAAGAUCAACACGACCGGCACCUCAUCUGCACCAUCCAUUCCUGUGACGCCACCGCCAACAGCAGUAGGCCAUGCACCCCCAGCUACGCCUUCGAAUGCUGCGAAUUCGCCUGUCUCUUACGCGGCAUUGCCUCCCACCAAUCCACCGCGUGCGUCUCCUCCGGGUGUGAAUACGCGGAUAUCGCCCACGACGAAGGCUUCAUCACCCCCUCUAGCUCCGAUCCCUUCUCUGUCCGCUACAGGGGCAACGUCUGCUGUCGUUGCGCCCAACCCGGCUGACCCUUCGCUGAAGGUCCCCUCAUCCUCGCCAACUGUCGCUGAGACGGGUGUUCCGAAGUCGUCCGACCCCGGCCCUGCAAGUGGUAACAUUCGCGACCUGAAGCAGCCAUCGCCGCCUUCUGCCACGGCGAAGAGCCCGCUUUAUGGCCAGGAUACGAAGGGCCCGUACGGCACUGAUGCGGUUCCGAGUGGCGGAUCGACUUUGCCUCCUCCGGCGGAUGAGAAGCCGCAGAAGUGGGAGUCUGCUGAUGACGAGAAGAAACGUCUUGAACGCGAGGAGAGGGAACGAGUCCUCGCUUCGGGUGGUGGCGGAUCGACGCAGCGCCAGCCAGAUGAACAAGAUGGUGAUGAAGAUCUCCCACCGUACCAAGAGAUUGUUGAGUGAACUGCCGCGGUUUGCGAUGAGCAUGUUGUACGAUACCCCGCAGACUGAAAGACAUUGCGACAUUGUAUCACCACCUUCCGUCCUGUCUGCUAUCAAGUGAUCGAUGAAUUGUUACUUUUGAUCCUGUAACUGCUCUUUCUAGUACGACGCUGCUAUUGGUGUCUCAGGUUGCUCUGAAAUGAAUUUGUAUACGGUCACGCUUGAUUCGCUCCUAA